AUGAAUAAUAGAAAAAAUUUAUGUUUAUUAACACAGGACGUUUUUCAACCUAUUAUUGAUUCAUCAUUACAAUUUCCUUUACAAUUAAGAAUAUUAUGUUCAUGUUUAUAUCAAGUUGUACAACAACGUUUUCUUGAAUAUCCUUUACAACCUGUAUCAACUGUUAUAUUUCGUUUUUUAAAUCCUGCACUUGUACUUCCACAUGAAUAUGGUAUUGUUGAUGCUCAACCAUUACCACGUAUAAAACGUGGUUUAACACUUGUAUCAAAAAUUCUACAAAGUAUUGCAAAUAAUUUAAUAUUUACAACAGAAUUUCAUAUGCGUUGUUUUAAUGAUUAUCUUCGUUCCACAUUUGAUUCAGUAACAAAUUUUAUUUUAUCAAUAAGUGAACCAAUUAAUAUAAAUACAAUAAUAUCAUCAGAUGAACAACAACAAUUAAUUGAAAAUAAUAAUAAUAAUAAUAAUAAUAACAAUAAUAAUAAUAAUAAUAAUAAUAACAAUAAUAAUAAUAAUAACAAUAAUAAUGAUUCAACAAUUGUUUCACCAACAUAUCCAAUGUCAUAUAUAAGUGAUGCAAAUGUUUUAGCAUUACAUCGACUUUUAUGGUUGAAUCAAGAAAAAAUUGGAUAUUAUUUAUCAAGUGGAAGAGAUCAUAAAGCUAUCAGACGAAGAUCAUUUGAUAAAAUGGCAACAUUAUUAGCUUAUUUAGGUCCACCUGGUCAUAGACCAUUAGAUUCACAAUGGAUUUCAUAUAACAUGACAGCAACAAAAUUUGAAAACUUAUGGCGAAAACACAACUGCAUGAAAGAGAAGAAUUUAAAUCAUUAA